AAGUCUGGUUUGAGGUUAUGUGCAAGGCAGAGGAUCGUCGUACGUGCUGGCUUUUGAAUCGGGAAGGAGAGAGAGGUAUGAGCGGUGGACUAAAGUUGAUUGCUUUCCCUCAAUCGGUCGGAGGAAGUCUCACGAAAGUGCGUUCUGCAAGAGUGGUGCUCAAGCUUGUGUCAUUCGCCUCUGACAUGGGAUCACAUCCAAGUGAGGAGCAUGUACGGCAGGACGUUGUCCAUCAAAGCAGCGAAAUCCACCCGGGGGUCAUUGGGGCUGGGAGAGGCGCAAGAAGCGGAAUAUACGGGUGGGCAUGAGGGUCGCGAUUGCGGGAAAAGCAAAGGCCCAGAAAACGUAGAUUGGCCACUGACGAGCCACAUGACCGGAAGGACGGAAACGUGCGUACAAGUGGUUCAAGUUCGACACCCGUUUCUAGGUUCUUCUCAUUACUUCUUCCACUCCCCUCCUUCACGCU